AUGGGAGACAGUGAGACAGUCGUUGCUCAAACAAAUGCAGUGAUGGGAUAUCCAUCAGCAGCCUAUACAACGACAGGUUAUUCUGAUCCCAGCUCAAAUAUUUCUCAGGAGCCUACCACAGAAAUUUCUGCUCCUGUAGAUGCAUCCCAUCCAACACCUGGUGAUGGACAUGCAUAUUCUGUGGAUUCUGAUUCUGUCAUGCAAGAAUCACAUACAUAUGCAUCAUAUGAGGCUCAACCAGCUGUUGGUGUUACUGAUGCUGGUGGGAAUGUUGCUAGCAGUGAACAUGAAGCCAUGACAUCAUCACAAGCUGCCAGUUAUGAUGCUUCUGCUAAUGGUGUUGCUACUUCUGGGGUGGGAACUGUUUCAUCAGUUGGGAAUGGAGAUGCUUCAGACAACAUGGCGGGAUCAGUGGAUACACAACAAGUUGUGGAUGGUUCUGCUAUGUCUGCAGAAGAAGAUAGACUAUGGAACAUUGUGAGAGUAAACUCUUUAGAUUUUAAUGCCUGGACUGCUUUAAUUGAAGAGACAGAGAAAGUUGCAGAGGAUAACAUUCUGAAAAUUCGAAAAGUUUAUGAUGCUUUCCUGGCAGAGUUUCCUUUGUGUUAUGGGUAUUGGAAAAAGUAUGCCGAUCAUGAGGCACGUUUUGGUGUUAUUGAUAAAGUUGUGGAGGUUUAUGAACGAGCAGUUCAAGCUGUUACCUAUUCAGUUGACAUUUGGUUGCAUUACUGCACAUUUGCCACAAGUACAUUUGGAGAUCCAGACACUAUUAGAAGGCUUUUUGAGCGAGGAUUAGCGUAUGUUGGAACAGAUUACUUGUCCUUUCCUCUUUGGGACAGGUACAUUGAUUAUGAAUUUAUGCAACAAGCAUGGGGCCAGCUUGUCAUGAUUUACUCACGAAUAUUAGAGAAUCCAAACCAACAGCUGGAUCGUUAUUUAAACAGUUUUAAGGAAUUAGCCGGAAGUCGCCCUCUCUCAGAAUUAAGAACUGCUGAAGAAGCUGCUGCAGCAGCAAGUGCAUCUUCAGAGAAUGGUGUGCAAGCAAACGGGGAAGAGGCUCAACCUGAUGGCGCAGAACCAUCUCCUGCUAUCUUAACAGAAGCAGAGGAGCUGGAGAAGUUUAUUGCCAUUCGAGAAGAGACGUAUAAAAAAGCUAAAGAGUUCGAUUCAAAGAUAAUUAAUUUUGAAACAGCUAUUCGGAGGCCUUACUUUCACGUGAGGCCCCUUAAUGCUGCAGAGCUUGAAAAUUGGAACAACUAUCUAGACUUUAUUGAAAAGGAAGGUGACUUUAACAAGGUGGUCAAGUUGUAUGAAAGAUGCCUGAUUGCGUGUGCUAAUUAUCCUGAAUACUGGAUUCGUUAUGUCCUAAGUAUGGAAACUAGUGGAAGUUUGGAUCUUGCCAAUAAUGCUCUUGAUCGUGCAACCCAGGUCUUUGUGAAGAGACAACCAGAGAUUCACCUUUUUGCUGCUCGCUUCAAAGAGCAAAGUGGAGAUAUACCUGGUGCUCAGGCUGCCUAUCAACUCGUACAUUCUGAAAUUUCACCUGGUCUUCUUGAAGCAAUCAUUAAGCAUGCAAACAUGGAACACCGUCUGGGAAAUAUGGAAGCUGCAUACUCCUUGUUUGAACAGGCCAUUGCCAUUGAAAAAGGAAAGGAGAAUUCUCAGACAUUACCCGUGCUGUUUGCUCAAUACGCUCGGUUCACAUACUUGGUAACUUUGAAUGCCAAAAAAGCCAGAGCAAUCUUUCUUGAAGCGGUUGAGCAUGUUCAAUUGUCAAAAGCCUUCCUUGAGGUUCUCUCUCUCUCUCUCUCUCUCUCUCUCUCUCUCUCGUCUCUCGUUUUUAUUUGUUUGAUCUGCAAUUCUGAUGUGCUAGGAAUGAUUUUGCAGUUUCUAAAUCUCUUUGGAGAUGCACAGUCUAUCAAGAAGGCCGAGGAUCGGCAUGCUAAGCUAUUUUUACUUCAUAGGAGCAGCACAUCAGAGUUAAAAAAACGGCAAGCUGAAGAUUACCUAUCUUCUGACAAAGGAAAGAUGGCAAAAUCCUACUCUGGUGUUCCUUCACCUGCCCAGUCUAUUAUGGGAGCAUAUCCAAAUGCACAGAAUCAGUGGGCAGCUGGUUAUGGUGUGCAGCCUCAAGCUUGGCCACAAGCUACACAAGCACAGGGACAACAGUGGACCCCUGGUUAUACCCAACAGGCAUACAAUGCAUAUGGUGGUUAUCAGCAAGUACCGGCAGCGGUGCCACAGACUGCUGCUUAUCCUGCUACAUAUCCCGCUGCCUAUCCUGCGCAGCCGGCGGCUUACCCCCCACAAAGUUAUGCACAGCCAGCAGCAGCAGCUGCCGGUGCUGUAGCAGCUGUUGCACCAGCUCAGCAACCUGCUCCGGCUCAACAGGCGUAUUACGGGACCUACUACCAGUAAUUGAGGUCGCAGGACUAGCCUGCUAUAUUUUCCCUAUGUAAACUAAUUUUCUCCUUUUGUCAACCUGAGCAAUAGAUGUUUCUCUUUGGGGACAUGUACUUGUAGCUUACAAAUAUCUUGGUUUUGAUCACUCGGCUUUAGUUUUCAAUGACACAUGUAUUUUAGAUGUAGUGUUUUUCUUCCUGAUAUAAUAGUAUUCGUGAAGGUUUCUUGU